AUGACUAUUAAGAUUGAAGCCGUGGCGACGGUGUCCGACCAUGUCGAAAAGGCACCCGUCUCAGACUCAGUGGCAAUCCAGAAAGCCAUCGAUGCCCAAGACCUUUCCCCCAAGCAGCAAUACCAACGUCUUUGGGCCAGUCUGAAAAAAGACAAACGAUAUGUCUUUUGGUCCCUGUACAUCAUGUCCCUCGUCUUUGGAUGGGGCUACGACUCGGGUCUUUCUGGCGUCGCCAUUGCCUUUCCUGAAUUCCGAAAGGUCUACGGCGAAUACUACGAAGUUGGCGACCAGUAUGUCAUUCCUGCGCUUUGGCAGAGUCUCUGGAACGCAGCGAGCACUAUUGGCCAGAUCUUUGGAGCCUUCCUGGCUGGUCAAUUUGCGGAUUAUGUCGGCCGAAAAGCUGUUCUAUGGACUGCUGUCGCACUCUCCUUGGCUGCAUCCUUCGCACUUGUAUUUGCCCCAAGCUUGCCUAUCCUUUUCGUCUCCAAGCUCCUCCUUGGUCUUUCCGUCGGACUCUCAACUGUCACUCCACCGCUGUACGUUACAGAGAAUGCACCAGCUGCUCUGCGAAGCUCCCUUAGCUCUCUUACAAACGUCAUCAUCGUGUUGGGUUUCUUUCUCUCGUCCAUCACCGGCUUUGGCUCCUCCAAGAUUGAGGGCGAGUGGAGCUAUCGCCUCGCCUUCGUCAUGACCUUCUUGGUCCCAACUCUGUUCGCCAUUGGCCUUCCCUUUCUCCCCGAAUCUCCCAUCUGGUAUGUCAAGAAGGGAAGAGAUGACGAUGCUCGAAAGGCCAUUGCCAAGCUCUACGGCCAAUCCAUCGAUGUCGAGGAGAGGCUUAACUUCAUCAAGUCUGAGCUCGAGGUUGCUGCGGGCGAGGCCAAUAUGGCAAAGCAGACAAGCUGGAGGGCCAUCUUCUCCAAGGAGCACCGAAGCAGAACUCUUAUUGCUGUCAUGGGAUUGCAAUCCCAGAACUUCUCUGGAGGUUACUUCGCAAACACCUAUCAGACAUACUACUUCGAGCUUAUCGGCCAAUCCGACCCCUUCGGCCUUACCGCGAUAUCUUCGACCCUUCAAUUCUUCUCCAACUGCGUUGCCGUCACCGUCUCCGACGUUCUUCCCCGCCGAAAGUCCCUCAUCGGAGGCGGAACAUUGCUCUGUUGUUGGUCCAUCAUCAUUGCAGGCACUUCCAUGGCAGGCACCGCCAACCGAGCUGCGAAUACCGCCCUCCUUGUGUUCAUGAUCACAUGGUCGAUGCUUUACACUGCGACUGUUGGUUGUUUCGGAUGGGCCAUCGCUCAGGAGACCGCCUCUCAAGCAACACGACCCAAGACUAUUGCGUUCAGCCUCGUCUGCCAGCAGCUCACGGCUCUCAUGCUGUCUUCGGUGUUCCCGUUCUUCAUCAACCCUGAUCAGCUGAACUGGGGCGGAAAGGUCAUGUUUCUGUUUGUUGGUGCAGAAGUUUUUAUUCUUGCUGUUCUGUUCUGGCUCCAGCCUGAGACAAAGAACAGGACCUACCACGAUAUUGAUUGUCUCUACGCCCAGGGAGUCCCCCCAAGAAAGUUUGCCGAGUAUGUGGUCAACGACGGAACCGUUGUUAAGAAGCCAAGUGCAUAG